AUGUCAACACUGCAAGAUCAACUCAACGCGCAACUUCAAUCCAAGUCCCUUCCCGUCUCGCCGGCGUGGCUAACAACCUUCCUCUCCACGGGCACCCACCAACGCACCCCUCUCCCAGCGCUCACAAAAACGGCCCUGUUCCGCCUGCUAAACACCGACUUCCGCGAAUCUCUCAUACCACGUGCCCCCACAUCCGUUCUCCCAGUCGACAUCUUCGAUCCGACCGCGCAAGAGCGCCGUCUGCCAGGCCCCAUCCCGCUACAAGUCCUCGACAUCGAAGACAUCGGCACGAGCAUCUGGAAUCAGGUCGAGGCCAUUGAGCGUAUAGAGAGAGGAGAGGCGGUACGCGGGCGGGAGAUUGUACGGACGGUGAACGUCGGCGAUGAGCAGGACGGUAAUAACGAGGCAGACAAUGCUGGUGGGAAUGCGAAUGCUGGUGCGCCUACGAAUGCGAACGAGAGCAACGGUCCGCAUAGGUUGAUUCUGCAGGAUGCGAGGGGGACUAGGGCUGUUGGUAUUGAAAUGAAUCAGAUCAAUGGGGUUGCGGUUAUGCAGCUGUCUAUUGGGAGCAAAUUGCUCUUGAAAAAUGCUACUGUGGCCCGAGGGAUGAUUCUUCUGACGCCGGAGAGCGUUACGCUUCUCGGGGGCAAGAUUGAGGUGAUGGAUCUGGCGUGGAAGGCCGGGAGGAAGGCGAGAUUGUUGGAGAAGAUUACUGGGACUGGCGCUGGAGGUGUUUAG